CGAGCGAGUCGUACUGGUCAGUGGACAGGUUUACCUGUGCAGGUGUGAGCAGACUGCAAGUGUUCGGAUGACAUUUAGGCUUGUGUAGAAACACAAUUAAAGUUAGAAGGAGGGAAUUCAUUUAAACUACACAUCAGUUUAAAUGUCAGUGAACUAGUUGUUCUCAGAGAGCUCUUAGAGGACACAGAGAGUCUGUUAAACUGUUCGAGGAUGCCGCGUGCGUUUCUGGUGAAGAGGAAACAGGCCACAGGUGCCGGAUGGAAGUGGAGGGAAUCUAAUUCCAGCAUCAGUUCCACAUCAGCAGCUGUACAGACACACAGUGGCGCUGAUCUAGAAUCAGUUCCGGACACCACUCUACAGUCUGUUCAUAAACGCACACCUGCUCUGGAGUCAGUCCAUGUAUCUUGUAUUGCUGAUUAUGGGAUGGAGAGAGUUCAACCUCAGCAGGCGCCUCAGAGUUCUCGUCGUCCUCCUCAUCCUCCUGCUACUUUAACAUCAGCACCACAGAACAAGGGGCGAGAAUCGGCCGCUGUCUCAGAGUUUCUGUGUUCUGUAUGUCAUAAAGUGUUUCCUCUGCAGCGCAUGUUGACGCGUCACCUCAAGUGUCACAGUCUGAUAAAGAGGCACCCGUGCAGAUACUGCGGUAAAGGCUUCAACGACACCUUUGAUCUGAAGAGACACAUGAGAACUCAUACAGGUAUCCGCCCGUACCGUUGUGACCUGUGUGAGAAAGCGUUCACGCAGCGCUGCUCUCUGGAGUCGCACCUGCGGAAGAUCCACAGUGUACGGCAGCAGUACGCAUACCGUCAACGCCGCUCCAAGAUCUUUGUGUGCGAGGACUGCGGCUUCACCUCCAGCCGCCCGGACGAGUAUUUCCUACAUGUGCGGCAGCAGCACCCGAGCAGCCCGGCGCUCCGCCGCUACUACCGCAAACACAUGCUGGAGACGCCCGCACAACAUGGCAUACGCCCGUUCAUGCUGUACCCCGCCGCGGGACUCUACAUGUGAAUCUCAGCGGU